AUGUCAAAUCCCGCUGAUCACUCCUUCGUCGACGAGGAGAAGGGCGCCUACGCCCACGCCGAAUCCCCAUCCACCACUGCCGCAGGUGCCCCAGACGGUGUCAAGCCAGAACACCAUGUCAUUGCUCUUGGGCAGGACGACGUCAAGCUCGGUUGGCGCUCCUGGCUCGCUGUCUUCGUCAGCUGCUUCGCCAUCUUCGCACAAGUGUUCGUCGUCACAUCCGCACCCACCGUUAUUGCCUUCAUCGUCCGUGAUCUCGGCGACGCCCCUCUGUCCGGAUGGAUCGUCCAAGCGCCCAUCCUCAUGCAGUCUGCCCUCUCCCCCGUCGUAGGUCGUCUCUCCGAUCUCGUCAACCGAAAAUACAUGGCCGCCAUUCCCCCCAUCAUCGCCGUGGUCGGAUCUAUCCUCUGCGCCGAAGCGAAGAACAUGUCCUGGCUCGUUGGUGGAGGGAUCCUCAUAGGUAGCACGCUCGCGACCAUCAGUAUCGUGCAGAGUAUUCCUAGCGAGGUUCUCCCCUUGAAGUACAGGACGCUCGCGAACGGGUACGCGUACUUGGCUGGUGCGAUUGGAGGUACUGUGGGUGGAUUGGGCUCUGGUGCAGUUAUUCGUUCUGACCCAGGAGGAUGGCGCAAGAUCUUCUGGAUGCAAUGCGCUUUCCACGCAUUCACCGCGUUCGGUCUGCUCGUAUUCUACCACCCACCACCUGUCGACUACCCCAAGAUGCCCUGGCGCAAGCUCGUCUGGAUGCUCGACCCCAUCGGCUCCUUCCUCCUCGUUGGCGGCAGCGCCAUCGCUCUCCUCGCCUUCGAUUGGUCUAGCGGUACCUACCCCUGGAGCAGCCCCGCCGUCAUCGCUCCCCUCGUCAUUGGCCUGAUCAUGCUCAUCGCCUUCUGCAUCUAUGAGUGGCUUGGCAGGUCAGACGGUAUCGCCGCACACGUUUUCUUCCAGCGUGGUCGCAACUUCCCCCUCUCCCUGUUCGCGUUCGGCGUUGAGGGCUUCAUCUUCUACUCUGCUGUGGCCCAGUUCACCCCUCAGAUCGUGCUCAACCUUGGGUUCGAAACCGACAGCUGGAAGAUCUCCAUUCGGCAGCUCAGCUACGGCCUGACCUCCCUCUUUGCCAGUAUCCCAAUCAUCUGGUACUCCACCCGGUAUAAGGACGUCAAGUCUCCUCUUAUCUUCACUUUCCUCGUCUUCUUCGCCGUCUGCGUCUGCUACGCCGUCAUCACGCCAAACGACAACUCCCGCCAGAUCGGGUACAACGUUCUCUCCGGUAUCGGUCAGUCCGGCCCUCUCACCCUCCUCGUCGCCGUCACCCAGUUCACUGCACCGCACGCCUACCUCGCCACUGCUACCGGUCUCGCCUUCUCCGCUCGUGCCAUUGGUGGUGCCUUUGGCUCUGCGAUCAUGGGAACGAUCGUCAACUCCAAGUUGACAAACUACGGCACCGAUGUGGGCAACGCCGCUAUUGCUGCUGGCCUUCCUGAAUCCUCCGUUUCCGCUCUCCUCGCUGCUUUCGCCACUGGAGCAGGGUUCGACGCCGUCCCCGGCAUCAACGACUCCAUCCUCGCUGCUGCCACCAGCGCUUCCCAAUGGACAUACGCCUACGCAUACCGCUAUGCCUGGAUCACGAUCAUUCCCUUUACUGUCGUGGCCAUCAUUGCUGUCGCGAUGCUCCGUGGUGUCAAGGAGCUGAUGACCAACCACGUCGAGGCUACUGUCGAGAAGGUUGGCAUGCACGAGCGCCCAACAGACGACCCGCUUGCCGCCCAGGUCGCGCAGGUCGACGCGAUCGAACGCGAGUUCGAGGCACAUGAGGCCGAGGCACAUGCCCACUCGCAUCAUGGGCAUCAUCAGGCUUGAGUUUCUUUGGAGCAUUGGAGGAGUUCAGUGGAGAGUGGCUGGUAAUGACUGCGAACGAAUUUACGCGCGGUUCUAGGGUUACAGUACACGCUGG